AUGUCGUUCACUUAUACCAUCGCUGAACCUAUCGGAGUCUGUGGACAAAUCAUUCCAUGGAACUAUCCCCUAGGUAUGGCAUCCUGGAAACUUGGACCAGCGCUAGCGGCUGGGAAUGUUGUCAUUAUGAAAGCCGCCGAACAGACGCCAUUGUCUAUAUUAUACUUAGCCAAUCUUGUGAAAGAGGCUGGAUUCCCACCUGGUGUUGUCAACAUUAUUAAUGGCUACGGUAAAGUGGCAGGUAAUGCUCUAGCCGCCCACUUAGAUGUUGAUAAAAUUGCCUUUACUGGUUCUACUGCUACAGGUAAGGAGAUCAUGAAGGCUGCAGCUACAAACCUAAAGAAUAUAACGGUCGAGACUGGAGGGAAGUCGCCUUUGAUCAUAUUCGAGGAUGCUAAACUCGACGCUGCUGUGAAGUACGGUCACUAUGGGAUUAUGGGUAAUUCUGGUCAGAUCUGCACUGCGAACAGCCGUAUUUUUGUUCACGAAGAGGUCUAUGACAACUUCAUUGAGCUGUUCAAGAAGAAAACACUUGAAACAUCAGUUCUCGGUGAUCCAUUUGACGAGAAGACUUUCCAAGGACCGCAGGUCAGCAAGGCCCAGCAUGAGCGUAUCUUGUCCUACGUCCAAUCAGCCAAGGACGAAGGAGCGAAGUUAGAGCUAGGUGGUGAGGACGGAUCUGCAGAUUUCGGUGGUAAGGGAUACUAUAUCAAGCCAACCAUCUUUUCAAACGUCACCGAAGAUAUGACGGUUUACAAAGAGGAGAUAUUUGGUCCUUUUGCAGUCAUCAAGUCAUUCAAGACAGACGAGGAGGCAAUCCGUAUGGCGAAUGGCACCACUUAUGGUUUGGCAGCUUCUCUGUUCACUGAGAAUAUCAGCCGAGCACAUCGAGUCUCGCGGAAGUUGGAAGCAGGCAGUAAGUCAUAUUCCUCAUAUAAUACGCGCUAG